GGACUUGUUUCUACAUCUAAAAUUUGUUGAAAACAGUAGCAGUCAGGGAUACUUACCACAGCGUUACUUUGUGGUUUCUUACCUGGGACAUCUAGUGAGAUGAACAUUUUAAUAUAAACCCUUGGUUUAUAUUUUGGUGAAAGAGGCCUGAGCAUACCUAAGACCUUUUCUGUUCACAGAUGGCUUUUCCUGCCUGCCUCAGUGUAUCAGGAUACAGCAGGCCUAUGUGAAAGAAGGCUUUGUUUCAUCUCAGUUAAUAUUACUAAAAUAUUAUCAUGCAGAUAUGUUUCCUUCUUUGCACUAUAACUGCAACAUGUAACCACGAGGGAUCAGUCACCUAUCCAAAAUACAUGUUUUCAUGAUGAAAGCAUUUUAUCCUGUCCUUGCUAGCCAGCACUUUUGGCCUCAGUAGACUACUGAUCUUGCUAUCCGUGCAUGCUACUAAUUUCUUUAGGUAUUUGAGCAUGGAUCCAGGGGCCAAAAUAGUCCUGGUGAAGUUACUGGUGUCCUUCAUUGCCUCUCUGAGCUAGGGCCAAGCUGCUUGUCAGCCUCAGGUGGGGAUGGUUCCCUGGGCCUGGGGCAUUGGUGCCACUGAGAAGAGCUGGGAGGAGGCUGGGCUGCAUCAGGCCAGCUGGUCAGUCGAGACCUCUGCUGGGAAGCUGCUGAAGAAAGAAGAUACUACAACGUACUCCACUGAGCGAUCUGAGCACUUUAAGCCAUGCAAAGACAAGGAUCUUGCAUAUUGUCUCAAUGAAGGGGAAUGCUUUGUGAUUGAAACCUUAACAGGAUCACAUAAACACUGCCGGUGCAAAGAGGGCUACCAAGGAGUCCGCUGUGACCAAUUUUUGCCGAAAACCGACUCAAUCUUGUCAGAUCCAACAGACCAUUUAGGGAUCGAAUUCAUGGAGAGUGAAGAAGUGUACCAGCGCCAGGUGCUGUCUAUUUCCUGUAUCGUCUUUGGCAUAGUCGUAGUGGGCAUGCUUUGUGCAGCGUUCUACUUCAAAACAAAGAAACAAACAAAGCAAAUUCAUGAACAGCUGAAAGAAACACAGAAUAGGAAAACCUACAGCCUAAAUGCUUCCAGCAUGAUGGCAAAGUCAGAGUGUAUGGCACAAAGCCGAGUCCAGCUGCAAAAUUACUCCAAACCAGAUAGGCAUCCUGGGCCUGUUCUGGACAAAGUUAUGGAGUCUAGCUUUUCAGGCCCUCAGUCUUUCCCAGAGGCCUUGUCUCCUGACAGAGGAACCCAGCCCAUCAAGCAACAUAGAAGUCUCUCUUCAUGCUGCAGCCCAGGACAAAAAAGUGGGAUGCUACAUAGAAAUGCCUUUCGGAGGACUCCUCCCUUACCUCGGGGUAGGUUCAAUGGAAUUACAGGACCAGCAUAUCAACAGCUAGAAGAGUCAAGGAUCACAGACCAGGACACAAUGCCUUGUCAUGGGUAUUCAUCCAGUGGUUUAAAAACUCCUCAGAAUACUUCAAUAAAUAUGCAACUGCCUUCAAGAGAAACAACCCCUUAUUUUAAUAACGUGGAUCAGAAGGACUUGGUCGGAUAUUCAACUUCAAGGGCCAACUCAGUUCCCAUCAUCCCAUCUGUGGGCUUGGACGAAGCCUGCAUGCAAAUGCAAAAUGUUUCUGAAGUAACAGGCAUCAAAUGGUGCAAAAACUCUUAUUCAGCUGAACUUGUCAAUGUGAGUUCCCCAGUCAGUAAUUGUCUUAUAGCAGAACAACACGAAGUGAAAAUAUUGCUAGAAACUGUGCAGGAGCAGAUUCGGAUUCUGACCGACGCAAGGAGGUCAGAGGACUACGAACUGGCGAGCGUAGAAGCAGAGAGCAGCGUGAGUGAAAACACAGCGUUUCUGCCCAUGAGCCCCAUGGCCAAGUCAGAACGAGAGGCACAAUUUGUCUUAAAAAGUGAAACGCAAAGAGACUCAGUAUUGACCAAGUGACUUUGUGUGGGGGUUGUGGGAGGGGAAACAAGAUCUGUGCAUUUGAUGCUUUGCUAAACAGGAAAGGAGGAAAUUAAAUACAAAUUAUUUAUAUGCAUUAAUUUAAGAGCAUCUACUUAGAAGAAACCAAAUAGUCAAUCGCCCUCAUAUCAUAGUGUUUUUUAACAAAAUAUUUUUUUAAGGGAAAGAAAAGUUCCAGGAGGGAUAAGGCGUACAUCAGGUGCUUUCUAGGCAGGAUUAUACAUACAGUUUCAGUUACAGAGCAUUUUAACACUGUCCUGUUUGGCUGUCAGAAGGCUUAGGCUAUGCAUCCUUUUUUCAGUAAAGGCCAAGAUCUUUCUUAGGUUCAUUUCUGGUUUCAGGGCAGUGCUGCAGCGUGUGCUGGCAGGGGCACAGGUCCCGUAACUCCAGCACCGGCCUGGUCCCCUCUCCCCCUCUCCUCUUGGCUCCAGGUUCAUCCCAAGAGAACAAACACACAAACAGCUACUUCUCGGCACUAACCGUGGAGUGACCACCAGUCCCUAACUGAGCUAAACUCUACCUUGCUUGAGAAUGUCAGUCAGCAUAAGAAAGUCAGCAGAAACGACUAGGAGCUUCAGGUCAGGCUGAGCGUGGAGUGGGAUUGGGGCCUCUGGAGAUGCAGUGGCCAGGAGCCCAUGGCUGCCCCGUCUUCUUCUGAGCUUUGCCUAUCAGAGCUGCCUUGGUGGAAGAAGAACAAGAGAAACAAAGUGCAAAAGUGUGCGCUGCAGCAGGUUGGGUUGGUUUCUUUUGUAAGAGCGGGAAUGUAAACCCCUUCUUACCAACCCCUCAACGUUUCUAAGUUGUUAUACUUCAAAGGCAUUUGUAAGCUCUCAAGGAGCACUUCUGAGUGUGUGUGUAUUUUUUUUACCUUAUUUUUUAUUAUGGGUUGUUCAGAGAUGAAUCAGGGAGGUCCAGUAUGAUCAAAGGCCAGCCGGUAAGUGUCCAUGCUGCCCUAAUUUGCUCCCGCUUUCAGUUCUUCAGUCACUUUAAUUAAUCGUGGCUUAGGCUUGUGAACUCUAAAGCUCCAGUCCUGCAGAUGGUACAGUAUGGGCAGCCCCGUGAUCACGCACACAGCUGAUUCUGAUGGGGCUAUACAUGAGCAGAUGGUUUCCACCAAAUCAAUUCCUGCUGGGGAUCAAGGCCUUAGAGAAGAAAUGCCGUUUCCUGGUUGCAGUAUCCCAAUUGCAUUAUAACCAUUUUUUGCAUUUGCUUUCUUUUGAGUCCCUCUUCUCCCCAGAAAAUUGUAACAUAAUAUGCCAAUAACACCAUGAAUUGGGUUCAGUGGCCCACACAUUGCAGUUUUUAUUGGUAUUAAAAUAUUUGCUUAUUUGUGGAGAAAAAGAAGAUGAACUAUAAUAAAUAAUUACCAAAUAGCCUUCCCUGGUUAAUGUCAGAAGAUUGAUUUUAAAACAAUUACAGUAUAUACAGAAUGUAUUAAAAUAUUCCUUUGCAGCAAAGUAAUUGUUAAAUUUAUUAGAUGUGCCCCAGACUUUCCAGUUCACAAGUCUCAAGAUUUCCCAAAAUAGCACAAUUGAUCACACAGUGCUGUUGUAUGUUUAGUCAGAAUAAAGCAAUAUUUUAACCUCUGUCAAGUAAAUUUCAAAAAGAAAUGCUGAAGGUGUAUGUCAUUUAUUUUGUGCCUAGUUAAGGCAUUAAAAAAAAUCCUAUUCACAAGUCUUCAUUCAGCAAGUCUUAUUUUGGGUUUCUUUUAUUUUAUUUUGGUUUGGUUGUUGUUUGUUUGUUUUGUUUAUGUGUGUGUGCUUUUUUGUUUGAUUUUUUUUGUUUUGUUUUUAAGAUAAAAGUUGAUGAAAUUGUCUUGUUUACAAAACUUUCUAUGGCUGUAAUCUUUGCUGUGUGUUUUCAAUAAAAGUGUAUUUGAGGGCAAACUAUGCUUUAUGCCCCAGGGUGGAGCAUGCUUCAUUCAGACUCCCUUCCUCAAAGCUACAGAGCUUUUCUUGUAGCAGUAAGACGAGACUUUCGGCUGGGAUCGAUCUCUCCACAACCUAUUUCUGCACUAUGUGGUGGCUGGGCACAAUCUCACUGGGCAUGAGCUGAGCUGCCUGCAGUCAGCAUGGCACCAAGCCCUCACCAAAUAAACCCUCUGAAAGACGAGGUGUGUUAGGUGGGGCUCAACUUCACAUCAGUACAUUUGCGUGAUUUUCCAGUAGCUGUUUGCAUCUUGCCAGCUCAGGACAUGAGCGAAGUGAGCUUGCAUCUGCCCAAAAGCCCUGUACAGAUACCUGCAAUUUACAAAAGGCUACUGUGUAAAGCUCUGAGUCAAUAAUCUGUGAAGCGUGCUCACAAUUAGAUAAUUGUUUACCAUUAACUUCAGGAGAUGGUCUCUCUGCAGUAAAGUGCAGAAUCCUGCCCAAAUAGCUGCUUCAGUGCUAAAUCUUUCCAAUCCAACUGUAAGGCCUACCUACUCCCAAAUCCUAGCAAACUGUGCAAUCUCACCUUUGGCAAUGUAUUGGAAACACACUGCAAGAUUUCUGUUGAAGAAAGAACUAUAUCAUAAGCAAUGCCUUUAUUGAGAGAAUGUGUUCACUCAGCACCCCCAAACGACCCAGAAGGAGGGCAAGAGCAAUGUAUUUAAGAAAAUAAAAUGUUUGAUUGAAUGACAGAUGAAGAUCUGAAAUGGUGAGGAUAUCUUCAGUUCAUGUUAGAGAUGCGAUCUUGUAUUCAGCAAAGGAUGUGUGACUGUUAUAUGUUAACUGUUCUAUUCAGUUUUCAGCAUGUUUGAAUAGAGAGACGUUAAUAUUAACCAUAUGACAGACUAGUGUAUUAUUUGUUAAGAGUAUCAUUUCAGAUCCUGUUGAAGCUGUCAUGGUUUACAGAGGAAAAGAAAAGGGGUUUCAAACAUCUAAAUAGGUAGCCUUGAUGUGAAGUGUUUCUCUGAUGCAACUGUUUUCCCCCAUGAACCCUCCUGCUUUACAGUGAAUGGGACAGCAUUUUCUCUGAGGUCUGCCAAUUAGUUUCAUAGAGGGCACAAAAGAUUCCUUAAAGUUGCACUGAAACAGCUGAAAUGGUAGGCCAAAUGUUGCUUUACUUCUGAACCUUAUGGUCCCAUUGAACUCAGCAGAUCAGAAGGGAUAUAUCAGUGCGAAACGUAGUUUAUUCCUAAAAUUGCAUCUGUUCCUAGCCUUGGAAACAGACUGUAAUCUGCCUAAAAGAGGCUCUGAACUCCAUCAUUUACCUGUAACAUAAUUAAAAAUUAUAUCUGACCUAUGAAGUUCAAGUGUAGUCUGGUGUGAAAAUUCACACUCACAGUGCUACACUCGAGUAAACUGGGAGAACAGCUAAUUAAAUGGAGUUGAACUUUCUCUGAACUGAGCAGAUGAAGCCUGCGUCUAUUCAGUGUAAUGCUGGGGAGCAGAAUUAUGAAAGCAACGUUUUGAUUUUUUCUUCUUCAAAACAGUCCAAAAUAACCCUAAAAAGCAGUAGAACAGUCCCAACAUUUGAAUUUGAAAUGUGGGUGAGUAUGGGCACAUCUCAUGUCAUCAAACACUGAAAAACUCUUCAGUUCAUCCAUAUUACCCAAAGCUGAAAUGUAUUAAUUCUUGAAGGAUCACAUUUAGGUAAAGAAACCUACUGGUUCAAAAUGCUUUUGGUAGCUGGUCACCUAGCCAAGCUCUCAGCUGCUGUACUCAGUGCUGAUAUAUUAAUGCUAUAUUAGUCACGUCCCAAGUCUCUCCUACUCGAUGUCCAAUUUAGUGUCAUGAAGCUUAGUAGCCUAUCACAAGAUGCAGAGACUUUUACAUAGAUUUAUGGAGCUAUCUUCAUUCUGCAUAUGAAAAUCAGACUCAUACCAGUGUGCAAACACCCUCACUACAUGCAGUACAAGGUUGGUUGGCCAAGUGCUUGGCUUGCCAAAUUGAUCCUUUUAUAAGGGCUGAAUACCAUUGACUGGGCCCCAACAGGAAUGAACUAAGCACCACUUAAAUGUAGCUAAUUCUAAUGUUAUUCAUAAAAAUCCUCUGAAGAGCCUGGUUUAAAUUUGGGAAAAAAAGAAAAGAAAAAAAAAAGAAUGAGACCAUAGCACGUAUAUGAUGAAACAUGUACUAGCUCCUGAAUCAAAAUGUUCAACUAGAUAAUUCAUGUCUACUUCUCACGUAGGGAGGAAAAAAAAUAAAUAUUAGAUUCCUCUUCCCAAUUCAUCCCCAGAUUCCUUCAGUCUAAUUUUGAACGUUACUUGAGCUCUUAAAAAGAAGUUAUGAAAAUGAAUACCAAAGAAGAACUCUUUCAGAGUCCUAGCUGCAGGAAAUUAAAUUAAAGCUUGAAGGAGCAGACCCAGAAUAAAAACUGUUUUUGAAAAGGGCAUAAAUAUCAAUUGCCUUUCAAUAAAAUACAAUUUCCCUGUAAACUGUUUUUCCCUCGGGAAAACAAUGAGUUUAUAUGAGUGAUUUGUUAUCUUGGCAUGAAUUUAAAAUGUUCAUCUUCAAGCAGAUUGGGAAAAAGCAAAUAUUUAGUAUAGAUUUUUCAGCUUUAAAAAACAAAGAUCGAUUCAUAGAGUACUAUAGUUCUUUCUCUUGCUGAAAAUAUAAGGGGAUACACACUUUUUUCUUUUUGUGCUGUGUCAUUACUGCAAAUUGACAGCAAGAUUAUGCUCCCUUUGUUUUGGUGUCUAACCACAUGAAAACACCUGGGACACUCACUUUUCAGGUUUUAGUCAUGGCACCUCCAAAUCACCGUUAUCAAACAGGAUUUUUGUAUUUUAAGUAACAAAGUUCACUCAUGAGAUAAAAAUGACACAGCUAUUACAGCAGUAAACUUAUUCAUGAGGUGUUUUUCAUUUUUAUUACACAGCAGUUAGUGGAUUGGGCCUCAGAGAUUGGUAGUUUCUUGUAAGAAAUAUGGUCACGGAGCGUAUCGCUGGCAGUGGGAAGCCAACACUGAGCCCAGAGCUGGGGAAACCUGCAGUGGAGGAGGCAGCAGUCAUCCCCAGUGCAUGCUGAGCAGCGUAAAGGGGUUUUCAUCUCAUUUUGGUAUGUUGAAACUGCCAAAAAAAACCUUCCGUGAAUUUAUUAACAACCACGUUAGCAAUAUUUGAUUAAAGGAAAAGGGGCAGAAAUUCCCAAAUUGUUAGUACUUCUAUCGUUCACUUGAACAAAGGUAAUAAUGUUUUGAUUUGUUAUUAUGACAGCACCAUUUUCAACAUCUUCAGUAGGGACAGAAUGAUCAUGGUACACUGACAGGAUGCACUCAGCCUUAUUUAAUUGAAAGGAUUUAGCACCGUCCUCUUUGGUCAGCAGUCCUCUAAAAGGGGAGUGAUUUCCCAGGACCCCAUAUGGCUGUUCUUGUGAAACUUUUCCCCAAUAUAAAAAUAAACAGCAGAACAACCUACAGGUUUUUGUUUGUUUGUUUUUCUUUUUCUAUGAAGGGACAAUUAUAGGUAUAAAAAAUAGCUUUUUACUGAUGACUGAAGAAUGUAAAUAAAGUAUAGGAUCUAAUGUAUGUAAGUGGCAUGGAAAUUAUCUAUUUGUACUAUAGCUUUUAGUAAUAUAUUUGAAAAGUAAUAUAUUCUCUAACACUGCCAGGAGCAGACCUACAUGCAGUUUGUAUUUAUUUUUCCUUAACACUGGCCAUGGGCUGUACCACAUCACUGUAGUGACUGGGUAUCUUGUCCUUUUUCCUCGCUCUUGCAUUGCAAGGCCCACUUCUGUGCUGUCUCAUAGCUUCAGAUGUCACUGAAUGUACAGUAGUUCAGCAUCGUUAUUCACGUUCAAUUUACUUUGUCAUUGGAAUCAAUAAUAGAAUUUAUAACCUAACUUCUGGGACAGCAGGGACAGCUACCAAGUAAAUUGAAGGCCUAAAACCUUCAAAAUUCUGUGCACGUCCAUUUCCAUGCUGUAAGUAGCCCUUGCAGGAGAAGUUUCCCUUGAGAGGAUUUGUGCAGGCUCUGCUGCAGGGUGCUUCCCUGCCCUUCUUUCACAGCUACCAACUCCCAGCAUUUCCAGUCACAGAGUCAGCGCUCCUCUUCAGGUUUCUUUGUCCAUACAUUAACUCCCACCGCUUGUGUGCUUAUGCUACAAAGUACUGCCACUUGUCUGACCUGGAUAUUCAGGUGGCCAAAUGUGAACACAAAAAACAGCCAUGGCUCAGGCAGAGACAGCGGCUCCCUUUUCCCAGUAGGCUCCAUGAGAAAUCCUUUUUUUUAGUGUCAAGUCCUCUGGUGUUUUCCCAUGAAUUAACACCUCAAUCACUUGCAUGUUGUUGCCUGUGAAGGAUGAAUGGCUUGGCAGUAGGAGCAUUGGUCAGGACUUGUGGGACGAUUAGCAGGGCAAGCAGGACCAGAAGCCUCUGAUCCCUGCAGAGUACCAAAGACCAGAAGCCACCUGAAGUGAAGCUUUCUGCAUCUGAUUCACACUAAAAUGUCUCCAAAGGUUAAGACCCCUAGCGUGCAAAAAAUGCCAAAGCUUAUAAAACAAUCAAAAGAGUUAUAUGGCAAACACUGUUUUAAGUACAUUUCAUUUUGAUGUGGAUGGAAUAAGCUCUUAGUUGUGUAAAUAUUUGGAAAGUAAGAAUACCAAUAACAGUACUAGGAUACAACAGAAUGCAAAUAAUAAUCAAUAUGCCAAAAGGUCUAAAAUAGGUAGGGAGCUUCACUGGCUAUGGCACAGCUUUUUCCACAGGAGAGGAGGAAUGGAUUUUGAGUCAUGCUAGGACACAACAUCUGAGAAGCUUACCUCACUUUCAUUUCUUUCUGAGAUCUCUUGCAUGUAAGUGAAAUUUUAGUCAUCUGCACUAGAUCAUUUUUUUUAGUAAGUGAUUUACAAAUUCUGGAAUCCUUUUCAAGUGCUGAAUUUCUGAGGUUUCUGAGGAUUUAGCUCAUGGUUUGAACUGAGCUGUUACUCACAAUUUAGCUGGAGCAAUCCAAGCAGAAAUGCCACUGUCCAUAAGGAUAAUUUCUGAACAGUAUUAAAGCAGUUUGAUUCCAACUAACUUCAUUUUUUUUACUUCAUUACAUGUUCUCCUUGAGUAUCGCAUAGGUGAAGCUCCUUCCAAACUCUUCUUAGAGUUUUCAUCCUAGAUCAGGUUUUAGCAAAGUAACUGGUUCUGAUCCUUUGACUUCAGUUGUGGCCUUGGUCUGAAGUGUUCCUGUGACAGAACAGAGCUGGGUCUUACAGUCCGAAAUUAUGUGUGUGCACAAGCAAAAAUCUCCAUCUUAUUCUGCAGCAACUGUUUGCAUUAGAAUCCAAGCAUGGAUGGUGUGAGAGGGCUGUCAUGUUGAUGUUCUCAUAUUAUCAGUUUUGUUUAUAUUUUAAAUAUAAUCUUCUAUGCUGUUUCUCUGUAUUUUAUAUAGUGAAACAGUGAAGGUAAAGUUAGCCUGUCUGCAUUUUCAUCUCCGCUAACUAUGGCAGCUUUUCUCCCAAAGCCGCUCAGCAGACUAACUCUUUGAAAUUCUGACCUCAGAGAGAUUUGAUACCCCAGCAGGUGAGGAUUAUCUGAGCAGGUUUUGUCUGUGUGUAUGAUUAUCUAGGCUUUCUUUCAUCUUAAUAAACUUACUUUCUUCGAAGUAAAACACUAAAAAAAAUUAAAACAUUAUGAACAGCAAAGCAAAGCUAAGGUGUUCUCUGCCUUUUUAGUAAGGGCUUGCUACCAGAAACCUUUCCACUAGUAUGGUAAUAUUCUCACACACUAGUAACACCAAAAUGGCUCUGUAGGAUUUGAUCACAUACAUUUACAGACUGUGCCAUGCACGUAAACUGGUAGCCUGUUCUAAAUUGUCAGUGGUCUGUAGCAUCUCAGAAUGGACUCUCCCAUUUGCUAUUCUUGCUAAGGAUAGCACCCAACUUGCAGUUUGGUUUCAUUUGCCUAACAGGCAUUUCUGGUGAAUAGACAACAGUGACGCCCUAUUGCUGGGUGUCACACAAAGCCCCACAUCGCUUGCUGGCAAGACAGUCCUCCCCUGAGUCUUGCCGGCAGUGCUCUGUGCUGAGACCAGAGCAUGCCCGCCUCCUGUAGGCUUCACGCAUUGGUCAGGCAAGGAAUAAACACUGCAUUUCUCAGUAGAGGAGGGUUCCUAUGCUAAACAUGAGCAUCCAUCCCUGGACUGAGAUAAAAGGGUAAAAAUAUACAAACCAUAGUCCUUUAAAAAAGUCUCCUCUGUUACCCUAUACAGAUUGACCACAAAGUUGGGGUUUCAUUUCAGUUUCUCCACUAAGUAGUCUUGUGUUCAUAUUAAUGUAAAACCAUAUAUAGGCAGCUUCAGCAAAUAACACAUCACUGUGCAAACACCAGUGCACUAAGGAGGUACUCUAGCUGCUGGGCAACUUUCUGUCCUUGUGGGUAGGAUCUGGGUCACAGCACUUUGUCUUCCUUAAUUAGCUCACAGAACAGCCGGCAGUGCCCUGCGCUGCUCUCCCACCGUCUGCAGAUGCACUCCUGAGCAACUGGCCAUACUAAAAACACUUAGAAGUGGAAUGAAGGUAAUGGAGACAUGGUUUGCUGUUCACUGUGAAUAUCCAGCUUGGAUAGUUGGAAUAACUGCAAGGGAAGAAUUGCCUUUGCAACUCAUGUGCCUGAUUUAUUGGUUAAAUUGCUUUUCAGUCCUCGCCAUUUAGUGAACAAGGACAUUAAAAUGUCCAAAAAUAAACGUGGAGUGAUUGGUUCGCAGAACUAGUUUUAAUAGUCACAAACACAGUAUUUCGGACUUUUUACUGAGCACUAACAAAGUAGAGUCAAUCAACCUUCAUUUAAACAGGUUAUUUUCUAUUCUGGAGUUAUACCUGAUUUCAUACUUUCUUCUAUUGAUGACCAUAUCACAUAAAACUGUUUACCUUAAAUGUAGAUACGCAUGAAACAGCACCUAACAUGUAGACAUGAAGUCUGAGCAUUCCUAAUGUGUAGGAUGAGUCUUGUGAAACCUUUUUAGCAGCUGAAAGUCUUGAACCAUUCACUGAAAUAAGACAACUAAAAUACCAGCAAAAUUGAUUCUGCUGUCAAUAAAAUCACUGAUAAACACUGGACUUGGAUUUGGGGCUGGUGAAUAAUAUAUAAACAUAUAUGUAACACCACAUACACACUUUUUUUUAGAACACAGAAAUGAAUGCUCCAACUUAAAGUUUCUUCAUCUACAUAGCUGGGGAGAGUACCACUUAACCACAUAGCCUAAACACAUUGACAAAGGGGAAAAAGCUGUCUAUUUUCAACUGUGUUUAUUUUUUCACUGGUAAGAAUAAAAGAAAAAAAAUAUAAUCAUAGUGCCUAUGACAAAGAUCAUGUUUCAAGGAGUGUGUAAUGUGUACCAUUAUUAUUUUGACUGCAAAUGGAAGCCACUUUUAAACUGACUGUGGUUCAAAGGAAAAAAAAUUAGAAAAACUGUCAUGCAGCAUUCCAGGAAAUGUUUUGGUUUGGUAUGUUUGGCCUCCGUUGUUGUGGAGCUGUACGUUCCUGUCCAUGGUUUUAAAGGAUAAGAAAAAAAAAA